AAAAUAAUUUAAACUAUAAUAAUAACAGUGGUAGUGAUUUUCUGUUUAUGCAGAUCAUUUCUUUCUGUAGACUAAUACACGGACCCAAGAUUUGUGAACCCGUCAAAUUUGAUGUCCCAAAACAGCCAGAUAAUGUUCAAAUAUCCAUGAGAGCCGGACAAACCAAGGAACUGGAGGUCAAUUGUUCAUUCAGGUUGGAUUUCCCAAUUCCUCGUAGAAAAGAGAACGUUCCUCCACAAGUAGGAGUAGAACACGGUGCAACAAGUUUACAGGCGCAGCAGACAUCAGAGGAAACCUUACGAAUCAAUCCAGCUCGAGAGAGGGACUUUGAUGGCAUUAUGACAACCGUUGCAAAAAAGGUCUCACGACCGGAGAUAGAUGAUCUUGGAAAUGCUCUUGGCUUCGGACCAGAGGAUAUCAACCGUUAUGUUGAGGAGAACAACAAAGGACCGGGCGUCUCGUACAUGGGAACACUUUCAAUGCUCCGUAGUUGGAGAAAGAAGCAAACAAAGAAUACAGAGCAGAAAGCCUUGCAGUCUGCUCUAGAAGUGGCUGGUCAAAUCCAUCUCGCUGAUGAACUAUUUGGUUAAUGAUUUAAUGGAACUCAUGAUUUUUGUGAUCUAUGAACUAUGUUAAAAAGAAGGAUUAGAUAGAGGAAGUCAGUUGGCAGGUCCUCAAAAAGUAGCUUCUUUUAUCCUAGUAAUGUUCAUGAUGAGAGGGUGUUUGCAUUAUUUUCAUGCAACCUAAGUUGUUCUUUUAUACUUAAUUUCUGUUUGAGCACAAAUGAUCUUUAAAUUAUGAUAAAGCUGAAGAUCUAAGCUUUGAUAUGAUAUUGGUUUUAUAAUAAGAAGUAUUUUAGAUGGGUCACCAGCCAGCUUUUCAUAGGCCAAGUCCAUUUAGCAGCUUAUAAAACAAGACUACUUCACUCUGAUUAGUCAUAGAGACCACACACCCACACAAAUCCGAACAUACCACACUGGGCAUCUGCAAGAUCACACUCACGAUGUGGUUAUCUCUUCGAAUUACACGCGCCUGUUGUUUUGAAAACAUUAUUCAGCCAAUCAAAACUCUGGAUUUUAUACUUCUCGGAAAUUCCAGAAAUUUCCUCUCGUAUCUUGAUGGAAAAAGUUGGGUGCUGACCCAUCUAAGAGGUGCCACAUACAGAAGAAGAAAAUUCCGUUUGAGGCAUCUAUUCAGGCCUGAAAUUCACUUAUCAAAUUAUUUUAUUCAAAAGAAACGACCAAUAUAAAAGAGUAACAUUUACCCUUUCCUAUGGUAUAAGAAUAAUCAAUAUCAUUAGAGUAAAAAGUGGUUAAAUUCUUUCAGAUUUGAAGUCUCACAAUUCACGAGAUUGUGCAGGAAUAUCUUGCUCAUUUGCUUACUAGCAUAGGGAAAGAAACAGAUAGAAUGAGAGAAAGAUAAACAAGAUGAGUUUAAUAUGACGUUUGUAGCUGAGAAGGGGUGUGCGAACAUGCACGGAUGAGGAUGUGUCUGUGUGUGUAAGAUCAAAUGUUAUUGAUUCGUUGUGUUUAUGGGAGUAUGUGUGUGUGAGGGUGUGUGCGGGUAAGUGUGUGUGUAAUUGACGCAGCUGAUUGCAAGGUUUUUAUUUGCAUUUUAUGAAUAUUGUAUCAUAGAGUCAAUGCAGUUCAUUGAAAUAAUCUGAUCUGAAGUUUUUUAAUAUGUAUUUGGUUAUGUUAACGAAAUUCUUGGAAACUCAUUAAUUCAUGAUUUAUGUACUGUAUUUCAAAAUGAUGAAAUACACAUUUUUAAUUAUUUUCUUAUUUGGAUAUGUACUAAAAUUUGAUAAUUUGAUACGCAAAGAGGCAUUGCAAGUUGUCGUAAUAUAUAUUUUGUACUGUAUUUAUUGAUUUUCUGUACAUAGUGAAAUAUAUCACAAAGGAUGCCAAUCAUGAAAAUUGAUAACAAAAUAGAAAAGAGAACAAAUUUGAACUUUAUCAAAAGGUCGAACUGCCUUAGCGAACGUACACGGAUGAGCGUGUGUCUGUGUGUGUAUAAGAUCAAAUGAUAUUGAUUCGUUGUAUUUAUGGGAGUAGGGGUAUGUGAAGGUGUGUGAGUGUAUGUUUAAGGGCAGGCAUGUUUUAAUUGACGCAGCUGAUUGAAAGGUUUUUAUUUGCAUUUAAUGUAUUGUAUUAUAGGGUCAAUGCAGUUCAUUGAAAUAGUCUGAGCUUAAUCUGAAAUUAUGUUAAUGAAAUUCUUGGAAAGUCAUUAAUUCAUGAUUUAUGUACUGUAUUUGAAUUAAUGAAAUACAAAUUUGUUAUUAUUAUCUGAUUUUGAUGAAAGUAAUAAUAUUGCGUCAUUUUGUUUGAUUUAAUAUAAACGACGUGUUAUCAAGGUACUGCGCAGAGAGGCAUUGAAAGUUGUCAUAAUAAAUAUUUAGUACUGUUUUUAAUGAUUUUUCUGUACAUAUUGAAUAUAUCACAAAGCAUGUAAAUCAUGAAAAUUGAUAACAAAAUAGAAAAGAGAAAAAAAUUUGAACUUUGCUCAAUAGAUCGAUAGAUCACCAGUGGUGAUUUUGGGGGGCAUUGCAUUUUUACAUCCAAAUUGUUUGCAUUAAUUGAAAGCAAAUAUCGUUCAUUUCCUAUUCAGGACAUAAAAAAUAUUAUUCUAUUUCAUUCUC